UUUUUCCCUUUAUAAAACUCCGCAACUCAUCGGCAAUUCCACUCUCCUCUUUUUCUUCUUCUUUUCUCUCUCUCUCUCUCUCUAAGAUUUGAGAAAACUAUGGAUUCUUCUGUAGCUGCGAGAAGGCCGUAUUUCAUCGAUGAGGACGACGGGUUGGUCUCCUUGGUGGAUGUGGAAGCUGGAAUUUCUGGAAACCAGAGCAGCCACUAUCCUCAGCCUUUCUUCCACCGCCCAAGGAUUUGCCAUGGCGGUACUCACCGGCGAGGCACGAGAAACCUCUCGGUUUCCUCCUCGAGAGUUUCAGCGAGGUUUUAUGAUGCCAGAUUUGAACAUCAUCAUCACCAUUUCUUGGAAGCUUGUUUUCUCUGCAAGAAACCGCUCUCUGAUAACAAAGACAUUUUCAUGUACAGAGGAGACACUCCAUUUUGCAGCGAAGAGUGUAGAGAAAAGCAAAUCGACAUGGACGAAGCGAAAGAGAAGAAGUUGAAUCUAUCAUCAUCCAUCAAAGCCAUGAGAAAAAAAGAUCAGAGAAAAUCCACUUCUCCGGGAAAGUCCACCACCGGGCACGACUGCCGUUUCCGCGCCGGCACGGUGUUGGCGGCGUAGAUGAAGGAAUAAUAAUCACAACAUAUACAUUAUAUGAACAUUCCCGGAAAAUAGGUGAAAAUCUGAAGAACCGGGAAGAUCUGAGAGUUGGUUUUUGUUAUAUUUUUUCUUUUUUGGUUUGGGGGGAGAAAAUUAUGCAACUGUGAAUGAAGUUGUGUUUAUGGUGGUGAGGAA